UGCUGAAAGUUUGCAGUUAGGCGUCCAUAUGGUUUUGCUUGCUAAGGAAUAGACUGACUGGACAGUGAUGAGGUCUUUUACUCUUUGGAUUAUUUUCCUGUAUCCAACUUGGGCAGCGGUGGACAAAGAUGACGUCAUCACUAAGGAUGAACAGAUUUUCUUGCUGUCCCAAGCAAUGCGCCACUGCCAGACACAGAUGUUGGCUCACAAUUCCCAACGGAAACAGAACUCUUCAAAUGGGUGUCCUCCGCAAUGGGAUGAAAUAACCUGCUGGCCACAAGGAUCUCCCAACCAGAUGGUUUCAGUUCCCUGUCCAGAACACAUCUAUGACUUCAACCACCAAGGAUUUGCCCAUAGAAAAUGUGGCUCUUCUGGUAUGUGGUUUCAGGCUCCGGGAGUUAAUAGGACCUGGGCCAACUACAGUGAGUGCCUCACAUUGGUCAGUCCAGGGAGAAGGACCCAAGAGAAGGAAGUGUUUGAACGUCUACGGCUAAUAUACACUAUUGGAUAUUCAGUCUCUCUGGCUACGCUUCUGAUUGCCCUCUGUAUACUCUGCUGCUUCAAGCGCCUGCAUUGUACUCGGAAUUACAUCCACAUCCACCUCUUCACUUCAUUCAUCUGCCGGGCAGGGAGCAUAUUCCUAAAAGACGCAGUGCUCUAUUCCAGGGAGAAUGAAGGGGUAAUAGACGAUGAAAUGGGAGAGAUUGCACUGGCUAAGGCAUCAGAGCUCCAGUGGGCUGGCUGCAAGGUGACGGUAACCCUCUUCCUGUAUUUCUUGGCCACUAACCACUAUUGGAUCCUAGUGGAAGGUCUCUAUCUGCACAGCCUCAUCUUCAUGGCAUACCUCUCCGACCGCAGCUACUUCUGGGCGCUCACCAUCAUUGGCUGGGGACUCCCUGCGGUAUUUGUCUCUGUGUGGGCAAGUGUACGGGUGUCUCUGGCAGAUACACAGUGCUGGGAUCUGAGUGCUGGCCACAUGAAGUGGAUUUACCAGACACCAAUUCUAGCUGCAACUUUGGUCAAUUUCUUCUUUUUUCUCAACAUUGUCAGAGUUCUGGCAUCAAAACUGUGGGAGACUACAACUGGAAAACUUGACCCACGACAGCAAUAUGGGAAACUUCUGAAAUCCACUCUGGUCCUGAUGCCACUAUUUGGGGUACAUUACGUUGUCUUCAUGGCCAUCCCUUAUACAGAGGUGACAGGGUUGCUGUGGCAGAUCCAGAUGCAUUACGAAAUGUUCUUUAACUCUUCCCAGGGGUUCUUUGUGGCCAUUAUCUAUUGUUUCUGCAAUGGAGAGGUGCAGGCAGAGGUGCGUAAAUUUUGGUUCCGCAGAAACUUAUCCCAUGAUCUGAAGCAGAAGUCCCGUAUGACCAGCACUGGAGGCAGCUGUCACUAUGGAGGAGUCCUGUCCCAUACCUCCAACAGCGUGUGCUUGAGCAUGGCAGCCAGGGGGAAACCUCUGCCACAACCAGUUCACUCCACUGCCUAUCUGCCUGGGUAUUUCUCUGGCACCGUAGCCUCCGACAACAGCCCUCUGCAAGCUGAGGCGCUGAGAGGAGGAGUUUCAGGAGGCGGAGUCACUACAUGAAUCUCUGCUUGCUGGCAGCAAGGUACCAUGGGAUAUGUAGUCCUUAGAAAUUGAAAUAAACAGUUGAUGAGAAGCUGCAAAGCAUGCAGGGAAUCCAGGAAGUUAUGGAAACAUAUGACCAGCAUCCAGCCAGCACUUACAUGUAGAAGGAGUAAGCUUAUAUUGGAUUGUGGAAAAAAAACUAUUGUUUGUAUUGUUAUUACAAUGCAGACAUUAUAAAAUGAAAGUGUGUGCUGUGACGAGAUAUUUUGUUUGUCUCUUCUGCUGCAUACCCCAGGAACCCCUUUAUCUGGGGUGCACACAAUGUACAAAUAAUGUCUUUGCCCUAAGCUCAGUCAUACCUCACACAUCCCAUAAUGUAUCGCAAGCCCUUCUGUCAUUUUAUUGUGUCAUCUGCAUUGUGUCUUACGCUGGCCAUACACUUUACAAUCUGACUGUACAAUCUCCUUAAGUCAGAUCUGCCAACAACUGUGAAGUGCAAGCACCUGUCUGAUUGCAAACAAAUUGAAUGGAUUUUUAAG